AUGGCCCGGGCCCGCCCGGCCUCCGCGCCCCGUGGGAGGCUCCUGGCGCCCCUCCGGCCGCUGGGGCCGCGGCUCCUCUCGGCCCACCUCAGCCCCCCGGCUGCGCUCCGGCCCCGACCCCCGCCGUACGGUCUCUCCGCUGCCCUGGGCUCGGAGAGAGCGGCCCGAUCGCCUCCAGGCGCCCCGGCUCCGGCUCCGGCUCCGCCCGGCGCCCGCCCCUUCGGCCUCGCCGCGCCCCCGGAGCGCGCCCGGGCCCCGGCUGCCUGCACGCCGAUCGCUCUCUCGGGCUCCGAGUCCGGCUGCGGCCCGGGCCCCGGCUCCGCCCGGCGCGGCCCGCCCCCCGCGCAGCCCCGCCAGCUCCCCGCCCAGCCGCCUCGGCUCGGGGGCGCGCGGCUCCGCGAACAAAAGGCGGACGCGGCGGGAGCGGCAGGGAGGGACACAGGCAGCGAGCGAGGGAGGGAUCUGCGAAGCAACAGCGACCCCCUCGAGGGCCUCACCAAGCGGUGCUGCCUCCCUCAGCAAGGCUGGGGGCUCGCUUACUGCCCUCAGCUGGGCUCGGACAGAAGCAUGAAAGGUCUCCGCUGGCGUUACACUCGGCUGCCCAGCCAGGUGGAGGACGCUCUGUCUGGGGAGGAGCGUGAGGAAAACGAGGAGGAGACAGCCCCAGCCCCGGCUCGUGCUCCGGAAGAUCCAGUGGAGCCCCAGCUGGCAGAAGCCAGCCAGGUUCUGGGAGCCUCGGAGAUGAGGCAGAUCAGCCUCCACCUCCCCCCGAGAGUCGCUGGACACUCCUGGAGUCUGGCCUUUCGCACGUCGAGGGACGGCUUCAGUCUGCGGAGCCUUUACAGGCAGAUGGAGGGCCACAGCGGGCCGGUGCUGCUGGUGGUGAGGGACCAGGAUGGCCAGAUGUUUGGGGCCUUCUCCUCCUCGGCUAUUCGACUCAGCAAAGGCUUCUACGGUACUGGCGAGAUGUUCCUCUUCUCCUUCUCUCCACAGCUGAAGGUCUUCAAGUGGACAGGAAACAACUCUUUCUUCGUGAAAGGAGACUUGGAUUCACUGAUGAUGGGCUGUGACAGUGGACACUUUGGGCUGUGGUUGGAUGGAGACUUGUAUCACGGGGGGAGCCACCCCUGUGCAACCUUCAACAACGAGGUGCUGGCCCGGCAGGAGCAGUUCUGCAUCAAGGAGCUAGAGGCCUGGGUCCUGAGCUGAUGCCCCGGUGGGCAGCUUCCUGGGGCAACAGGG